GGAACCAGGAUCCUGAAGUUUCGCUGCUGCGUGUUCUUUCUUGUGCCACUUCCUGAACUGGCCUUUGGUUCUGCUAUAAAGGAAGGAAGGGUUGGGGCUGUGGGCACAGCUGGCGACUGCAGCUUCAGAGAGGGAAAUGCACUGGAGCCCACGAUAACCAAAGCCAUGCGAAACAGAACCACAAUCCCUGCUGUAUUCGUCUUAACGCAGCGAUCGGGGACCUUGGUGCCAGAGGCCUCACAUGACCUUGUGCUCUGCUCCGUCAUGAUGAAAGCGCUCGUCACCCUCUGCGUCCUCAGCGCUCUCCAAGCGACCGCGGCAGCUCAGGACAAAAUGGGGAUGCCUCUGACCUGUUUCUAUUGCAAAUCUGGGCAAAGCUGUCUCCACAACCUCCCCCAGACCUGCUCCUCGCCCCAGGACGCCUGCAUCAUGGUUCAAGAACACAACACUCUCUCCUUUUCACCUGGCAUUGGGAAUCUAGGCAUGUACCAGUCCUGCGCCGACUCCCGCCAGAGCCUCACGGGCUUCCUGGCUUUUUACUUCGGGGACACAGUGAUGGUGGAGAUCCUGUCGGAAAUUUGCAAGAUCAACAACUGCAACGCCCAUUUCGUGCCCACCAGGCUGGCUAUCAGCAGCGUCCGCAACGGGCUGCAGUGCCCGGCCUGCUACGCCCCAGGCUUCGAGAGCUGCGAGAGCGACGGGACCCUGCGCUGCACGGGAGGUGCCGACCAAUGUGCUGUCGUCGUCGGGACGCUGGUGCAAGGUGAUGUCACGAUCCCGUUUGCAGCCCGGGGUUGUGCUACGUGGACGGCCUGUGAAAUCAAGACGCUGGAAUCGGGGGUGUUCACCUACAAUCUCACCAGUGUCCAGUGCGGCCCAGCGCCCAGAGCGCAGACCAGCAGCGCCACCCGGACUCUGGCCUGGGGUCCCGUCACCCUGGGCAGCAUCGUCGUCCCCCGGGUUCCCCUUUUCCUCCCUGCCCUUCUGGGGCUAUUCCUCUGCUGACUGGCAGGACCCCCCUGGGCCAUUGGUGUCUCAGUAUAACUGGUGCGCUCGGCCUGUCCCGUCCCCUGACUGUGCCUCAGUUUCCCCCCCUCUGUAAGGGGGAUAACAAUGGUGAGCUGCCAUUGUAAAGGGCUUUGGGAUCCCUGGAUGGGGGCGGGAGGGCUUGAGAUAAAGCCUGAUGCAGCCGAAAGGAGACUCUCCGCUAAUUCCACUAGGGUUUGGAGCAAAGUGCGGUGUAUUAUUAAUACCCCCUCACAGCUUCUCCUCCAGCCUUUCAAAGAUCCCUGCGAGGGAGUCCUGACGCCCAGCCCCUCCCUCAUGCUAACCACUAGACCCCACUUCCCUCCCAGAGCUGGGAGAGAACCCAGGAGUCCUGGCUCCCAGCCGCCCCCCUGCUCUAACCACUAGACUCAGUUCCCCUUCCACAUCUGGUGCUAAAACCCAGGAGUCCUGGCUCCCAGCUCCCCAGAGAUUCCAGAAAUGGUCCGAGUCCCCCUGUGCGUUUCAAACUGCUCUGAAUAAAGCACAA